AGCGGGGAAGGCGAGUGGGGAGCGGCGGCCAGCGAGCGGCGAGGCGCCUGCGCGGUGUCCGGGCCCCUGAGCCCGCGGCGCUGAGCCAGCCGGGACGGACAUGCGCGGGAGGGCGCCGUGGGGCAGCCGCGGCUCCGCGGGGGGAAUGCAAGCUGCUGGUUAACUGCAGAUCCCCAGGCCUCAAGGGUGUGGAGACCUCCCAGAGUAAGGCACCAUGUCCACGGCAGGAGUUGCUGCUCAGGAGAUUAGAGUCCCAUUAAAAACCGGAUAUCUGCAUGAUGGCCAAGCCAUGAGGACCGUCAGGACCUGCUGGGGUGGCCGCAGUGAAUUUGAAAAUCACUUUUUGAGCAUCGACCCAAUCACCAUGGCUUACAGCCUCGACUCUACUGCUCAGGAGCGCCUAACUUCUCUUGGGCACGCUGCGACGUCUGGUCCAAGGAACGGCCCUACUCAGAAGCCCAGCCUCGCCCCUCUUCUUAUUCCCCCAGGCGAAGACUUGGGGCAGCGCGAAGAGGAGCGAGUCGUGUGUGGCUUUAAGAAACUCUCAGUGAACGGGGUCUGUGCUUCUCCUCCUCCGCUCACACCCAUAAAGAACCCCCCGUCCCCCUUCCCCUGCACUGCCCUCUGUGAUCGGGGUUCCAGGCCCCUCCCGCCGCUGCCCAUCUCCGAAGACCUCUCUCUGGAUGAGACAGACUGCGAGGUCGAAUUCCUCACCAGCUCGGACACGGACUUCCUCUUAGAAGACUGUACGCUGUCCAGCUUCAAAUACGAUGUUCCGGGCAGGCGAAGCUUCCGUGGGUGCGGACAGAUCAACUACGCAUAUUUUGAUACCCCAGCUGUCUCUGCAGCGGAUCUCAGUCAGGCUCCUGACCAAAAUGGAGGGGUGCAAAGUUCAAAUCCUCCUCCACCUCAGACCCACCGAAGAUUAAGAAGGUCCCAUUCGGGACCAGCUGGAUCCUUUAACAAGCCAGCCAUAAGGGUGUCCAGCUACAUACACAGAGCUUCUCCAAACUCCGAUGAAGACAAACCUGAGGUUCCCCCCAGGGUUCCCAUACCUCCUAGGCCAGUGAAGCCAGAUUACAGAAGGUGGUCAGCGGAAGUUACUUCUAGCACCUACAGUGAUGAAGACAGGCCUCCCAAAGUGCCACCAAGAGAACCUUUAUCCCGGAGUAACUCCCGCACACCCAGCCCCAAAAGCCUCCCGUCUUACCUCAAUGGGGUCAUGCCCCCUACUCAGAGCUUCGCCCCUGACCCCAAGUACGUCAGCAGCAAAGCUCUGCAAAGACAGAACAGCGAAGGGUCUGCCAAUAAGGUCCCUUGCAUCCUGCCCAUUAUUGAAAAUGGGAAGAAGGUUAGCUCAACACAUUAUUACCUACUACCUGAGAGACCCCCGUACCUGGACAAAUAUGAAAAGUUUUUUCGGGAAGCAGAGGAAACAAAUGCAGGCCCCUCGACCCAACCCCUGUCUGCUGACUGCAGUGUCAUCUCCACCACAGAGAAGCUGGACUCAAAGACAAAACUGGACCUUGGUGGCCACGUGAAGCGCAAACAUUUGUCCUAUGUGGUUUCUCCAUAGGCUUUGGGGUGGUGGCUUGACAGGGGCUCCCUGGGAGCAGAUGGUCCUUAAGCCACUUUCUGGUUUAGUUGAGGUUCACAGGGAAAGGUUUUCAGAUCCCAGAAUGAAAUAUUCGAACCCACCAUCUGAAAGAGACAGGGUUAGAGCGGCCGGGACGCAUGCUCAGGCUGGGAAUCCCUGAUUUUGCUGUUCCGACCCGGAGUGUAAAGAUGUGCAGGCAGAGAGAGAAGGCUUUGUGAGCACGUUAGUGACCCAUAGAAGCCUGUGGUGGAAGCACAGGCUAUAGUUGCAGGUUAACCAAUUAGUUGCUACCUUAGAGUCACAUAUAUUCAGAAUGAUAAAACAAGCCAGAGGAUGGCUCCUGACUGAGAAUUGAGCAAAUGGAAGAAAACACAGUAUUCCUUAGAUCAGAAUCAUUAAAAAAAAAAAAAUGCAAAAAAAAACAAAAAAACAUAAAACAAAAAAAAACAAUUUUCACCUAGUCCAUUUGAAACUGCCCAGCUCUUGGGCCCGAGAAGCUCUGUCUCCUUUCUGUCUGCAAGCAGCCUGUGCCACCCAGGGCAGGGCGCGCGUCCGUCCCGUGGCUCUCCCUGCCCAGGUUCAAAAUCGUCCCAAGACCUGGCUCCCCACAGCUCCUCACUCUCUGCUCGUGGAGGGGAGGAUGGCGGUGUGCCGGGCAGCCAUGCUUUCACCUGUGCAUGCAUGUCUCGCAUCUCGAGAAAUGAGAAGAUGACAAUUCAUUAAUCAUUUCUCCCCCAGAACUUCCUGCUCUGUUCUAUCCACUAACGUGGCCUGUUUGUAGCGUGGGCCUCACAGCCACAGGGGGCCUGUUAGACUCAUGUCGAAAGCAAACCGUUCAUCAGUGUUUGGGAUGUCAGUCACACAGUCGUGAAACAGUUUGCUGCAUGACAGCGUCACCAGGGAGCAUGUGUUGUGUUUUUGUACUGGUUGUGUUUUUUUUUUGUUGUUUUUUGGGUUUUUUGUUUUGUUUUGUUUUGUUUUGUUUUUUUAGACUGUAUUAAGAAACACGUACAGCACAAGCUGGCCUUGUGUUGCUGGUUCCUGUUCAGUAUUUCCUGGGGAUUGUUUGCUUCUUUAAGUAAAACACUUCUGACCAAUAGUACAGUAUGUCUUAAUGGCACAGGUCACAUCAGCAUCUUUCUGCUUUUGAGACUCUCUCGGCUGGCUGCUUCACCUGGAUUCAGGGAGACCCGUAGCCUGUGCUUGGGUUUCCACGUGCUGCGAUGUAUCUUGUAUAGAUAAGCACAAAAGAGAAGGUGCUCACUAACAGAGGUACAUUACUACAAUGUUCUCUUAACAGUUAAACAAGCUGUUUACAGUUUCAACUGCUGAAUACUAUUUGAGCUAUUUAAAGCUUAUAUUUUAGUAUGAACUAAAUGAAGGUUAAGACAUGCUUUAGAAAAAUGCACUGAUUUCUGCAUUAUGUGUACAGUAUUGGACAAAGGAUGUUAUUCAUUUUUGUUGCAUUAUUUUGAAUAUUGUCUUUUCAUUUUAAUAAAGUUAUAAUACUAUUUAUGACACCGUUAA